ACACACACACACAGACACACGCACACACACAGACACACACACACACACACACACAGACAGAGCGAGAGGAGGCAUAGCAGCUUUGCAGCACUUUUCCAACAACAGUGUGAGUUGCUUGGAUAAAAAGGUUGAUGAUCAGCCUGCAGAUGCACACGAGCUCAAGGAGGAUGAAGGGAACAAAAGGUGAAAGUCUCCAUUUGAGCGUCACAAACCAAGGAUGAUAAGUGGACGAUGGAGGGAACCGAUGCUUCUUGAGUGAGAUGAUGAUUGAUGCUGAGGAGCAAAACCAGUUAAAGCCACAGGAUGACAGCCGCCAGCAGCAAUGUCAGUAGCCCCGCCUCCUGCCGCUCCCCACCCGCCUGCCUCCCAUGUCACUUGAGAAAGGGCGGAACCACCCGAACUCAACUGCACAUGCGCUCAGCCCCGGGCGUGUGGCUAAUGGUGGGCAUGGCCGUGGUGCUGACAGGGAUGAGUGUGGCCGUGGUGGGUUACGUGUCCGCUGUGCCCAAGGCUGUGGGAGGACGGGGGGGAAGCCAUGUGGAGAGAAUGAAACUGUCCGGGCCUGUGGUAAUGGGUGUGGGCCUCUUUAUCUUCAUCUGCGCCGCCACGCUGCUCUAUGAGAACCGGGAUCGAGAAGUCCACAGAUUAGAAACGUCAGAUGACUUGGAGGACCUGAACGGGGAUCUGGGCUGGGACGACUCGGAAAAGGACAGCUUCGACAGUCAAGAGCAGUGGGAAGAGAGAGAGGGCGACCAAGUCUCCAACCAAAACUGGGCCCUCUACCCGCCUCCUCUGUCUCUGGUUCAACAGAACCAGGAGGACAUUGGGAGAGAAGGUGAGGACGAGAAAGAGAAGGAGGGGAAGUCAACUCUUCUGGCCAGAGUUCAGCACCAUCAGGAGCCAAGUCCUCAGUCUUCCUGCGGCGACACGCCACUUUCUCCACGUCCUCAGUCCUCUGCCCACGUGGACUUUGAGAACUGUAACAAAAGGACAGCUUCUGUUCACCUGCCGGAACCUUUACCAUCUCAAAGGGUUUGAAGGUCGUGGACUCCAAGAUGCUUACUUGCCAACCCUCACAAUUUUCCCUGGAGACUCCCGAAUUUCAGUACCCUUCCCAAAAAUCUCCUGGGGCAACCAUUCUCCCAAAUUUCUCCCGAUUUCCACCCAGACAACAGUAUUGGGGGUGUGCCUUAAAGGCACAACCUUUAGCAUCAUCUACAACCUGUCGUCACGUACGCUUUUCCGCCAUACAAACAGCGUGCCGGUCCGGCCACAUAAUAUAUGCGUCUUUUACACACACAUAAGUGAAUGCAAGGCAUACUUGGUCAACAGCCAUAGAGGUCACACUGAGUGUGGCCGUAUAAACAAUUUUAACACUGUUACAAAUAUGCGCCACACUGUGAACCCACACCAAACAAGAAUGACAAACACAUUUCGUGAGAACAUCCGUACCGUAUCAGAAAAUAAACACAGAGCAAAUACUCAGAAUCCCUUGCAGCACUAACUCUUCUGGGACGCUACAAUGUACACCCCCCGCUACCACCCCCACAACCACCCACCCCAUCUGUUGAAUUCGGAUGUCUCAAGGUUGGCAAGUAUGCCAAGAUGGAAGACCAUCUAACCAUAAUCAGAUGUCCUGUAAAAGACUGCUGAGAAAGUAAAGGAAUUACAGAGGACUGACCUUAGGGCGUUUCAAAGGAAAAAACUAUCAAGCGGUGAUCUGAUGCACUUUUGGAGAUUUUAUUCGAUCUUUUCGACAGUUUUAUGGGACAAAACCUCAAGCAUCUUAGACUCUGCAAAAUAUGGCGGAGAUAUGGCAGACACUUGUUUGACAGGGACAAUCCCUUUCAACAGACUCUUGCAUCAGAGACAUAACAGAAGCAGAACGAGCAUGUAUUCGCCCGUGUCGUAAAAUUGUCGUAAAAAAAAUGUGUAACAGUAGAUUCCACAUUUAUUCGCCUGUGACAGAAAAUGUAACAGGCUGUAACAUUGAGAAGGCAUUUGUCUACUUGUCUGGCAGAAUUGGGGCAGCAGAGCCGUAACAGUCUACAAAGGGUACAACAGCCGUGUGUUGUGUGUGAAAAUUGGCGCAUCAAAACUGUAACAGGCUGUAACAUUAAAACAGGUCUUUAUUCGCUUGUGUCGCAGAAUUUGCGCAUCA